AUGGAUUACAACUACUUCGCGCCGACCGCACAACCCUACCAAUACCUAGGUUUCGGUGCUGAUACAGGCCUUCUUGGGGUCAGCAGCGAUGGCUCUAUGCCGAUACCGAGCCUAGAGAAUUCACUCGACGCAAACGCAUUCCUGAGUGGUUCCUUCGAUUAUACCACCUUCGAUGCCUCUCUCAGCAGCCAUGGCACGGGUCUUACUCCUCUCCCGACGACUGCCGGCUCACCGCAAGGCCAGUCUUUGUCACUCCUACACAAUAGUUCCGUCGAUAGUGGUAUAAACUUGGACAUGGACAAUGACCCGCAGGGUAGAAGGAGUAGCAGCGAGGAGAAGGAGAGCAUGACACCUGCACAGUCCCGACGGAAGGCACAGAACCGAGCAGCUCAACGCGCCUUCCGAGAACGUAAAGAGAGACAUGUGCGGGAUCUGGAAGCUAAGCUCAACCUUCUGACAACGACGACUUCCUCGUUACAGUCGGAUAACGAGCGACUAAAGCUCAUGUUACAACGAGCACAGACCGAGAACGAAAUCUUACGGGCUACUGCUGCAACAUCACCAACGGCAAGCCAUCCACCCGGGUUCGUUGACGAUCCAAGUUUGCUACCACAACCACGAGCACCGAAGUGGACCGGAAUGCCUGAACCGAACUUUGACCCGAGGAGACUUGCGAAUGGGCUUCUAUCAACGGAGACGACAGCCGGCAAACUCAGCAGCCCAGCAACCAGCGAGUCUCAGCUGCUAUCGGCGAGUGCGACGUGGGAUCUGCUGCAAUCUCAUCCACUUUACCUAUCUGGUGCGGUAGAUAUUGGCGAAGUUUGCGAGCGCCUGAAGAAGAUGGCAAAGUGUGACGGCAUGGGACCUAUGUUCGACGAGGGAGAGGUACGGAAGGUUAUCGAAGACGUCGGUCGAAGCGGCGGCGACGAGCUCAUUUAA